AUGACGACCACGACGGGUCGCGUGUGCACCGCGGAUAUGACGACCGGCGAGAGGCUGUGGGAGGUGGACGUGCUGCACAGAUACCCUCAUCUCGAGUGCGAUCAGGGCUGGAUGGUGUUUGAUGACGGCGAGCCUGACGAGCUGGAUGUGUGGCAGAGCGAGCGGCGCGGCGUGUAUCGGCGGGCUGGCGCGAUCCGCGCGGGUCAUGCCAUUCGGGCCUUUCGCCUCGUGGGUGCGCAUGUGCUGGUAGCGACGCUCGAUGAUCUGCUCCUGGCAUACGACGUGCGUUCGCUUGCGCAGACGCAUCUCGUGCAUCUCGGCGGCACGGAGCACGAGCAUGGCAAUGUCACGUACAUUGAUAUGGACGACGACUUUUUCUACGUCGCCGGCGCGGGGCAGCUGUCUCUGACGGUGAUUGGGCGCGCUUCGCAGCGCGUCGCCAUGACGCUGCACGACUGGAUCGCCGGCUAUCCCCUUGCUUCGUUCGUGCCUGAGCUACUUCCGCAGCCAUGUGGUGCGCCGCGCUUCCAGCUGCGCCAGAUGCAUGCGAUCCGCUCGCCCAUCGUCCUGGCAUCCGCGUACCAGGCGUUUCGGCACGAGCCUGGUAUCGAGAUGAGGCAGUGGGACGCCGUGCAUCCCGAUGCGAGCACAGAUACCCUCGUGGCGCUGUCGGACAGCGGCCUCCUGUUCAUCCGCCACUACAAAGCGCAUCUGCUGCGGGGCAGCGCCGCGCCGGAGCUCGUGUACUAUGCGUUUCCUGAGCUUGUGCGGUGUGCCGAGGGCCGGCGCACGUCUCGUGUAUUGGGCUCACGGCACCGCGAUGGAGAGGGCCAGCUGUGUGUGCACGACGGCCGCGUUGUGGCUGUGAGUGGUCUCAUGAUGCUCGUCGAUUUGUGUGUGCCGAUGCCACUUACGCCGCGCCCAUCGUUCACGCGUGUGCCGUCGACGGCUGACGAGGCGCCGUUUUCGGUGUACGUAUGGUCCGACGUGUCUCGGGCGCUGGCUGGCUGCAGCUGUGUGCAAAUGGACCACACGGGUAUUUAUGUGGCGCGCGAGCACGAGGAGCGUGGUGUGGUGGCGCUGUGCAUGGAUGCACCGACGCAGCUGCCUGCAGUGCGUGAUGUGCCGAUACCAGCGCUGGAUCGGCUUCUUGCGAGGUACGACCACGACGAGCUGCUUGUGGCCGAGCCGUGGCUGUGGACGCACUGGCGGGCCUUUAGCGUGGGCGCGGACGAGGCGGCUAUCGAGACGAGCUCGGUGGAAGAUGCCGAUACGGACAUGGCCUCGGACGCGAGCUCCGAGACGAGCUCCGAGGCGGCCUCCGAGACCAGCUCUGGGGCAAGCUCCGAGACGAGCUCUGAGACGAGCUCUGAGACGGGUUCCGAGACGAGCUCCGAGGCGGCCUCCGAGACCAGCUCUGGGGCAAGCUCCGAGACGAGCUCCGAGACGGCUUCUGAUUCGGGUUCCGAGACGGGUUCAGUGGCGAGUUCUGAUUCGGGUUCCACGACCGACUCCGAGGCGAGCUACGUAUCCGGUUCCUCGACCGCCUCCGAGACGGUCACCGAGACGGUCACCGAGACCGUCACGCACACCGGCACCGAGACCAUCACCGAGACCGUCACGACCCGCGUCACCGUGACGCCCGCUCGACGCCGGCGUAGGUAG